CGCGCCCGGUCCCCGCGCCCGCGCUCCCUGAAUCCUCCUGGCUCCGGGGCGGCCGCCCGGGAUGCGCUCGGCUGCUGCUCUCCCCGCUUCCCGGGAAGACGAUUUCCAUAGUAACCAUCAAGUGGCUCCAUCGCAAACCUGAGGAUCUCGGCGGCUCGCCGGCGUGACCUCGUCCAGAUUGGGUUUGCUGUAUCAUCCAGGCUGGCCUUGAGCUUCUGGGCCACUUGAAUCACCCUCCAAGACUGGGCCCAUAGCCCCAUUCUGAAGAGUAUAUGCUGGAAUUUUGUUGAAGCACUGGCAUGGAAUUGUAUUGGAAAAUAGUGUAUAUGAAGGCUAUAAUUAUCUUAUGAAAAUGGAGAAUUGUGAAGAAAGGAAAAGAUAGCAUUGGAGUUAACAUUCCUGGAUGAAUAUUUUACUCAUGAGAGGACAGCAUUUUAAAACGAUAUGCUGGUUUGGAAGGACCUGGGAGUAAAUUGCAAACUUUCUUCUUUUGAUUCAACUCAUGGAUUUCUUAAUCAUUCCUUGGAGUUGUUCAAGUUUGGACUUGGUGUAUGAUGGGACAUGUGGCGUGCCCGUGUUUUCCUAGUGAUUGCAUCUUGGAUUAGUUUGCUGCUGUUUUGAAGUGAUUCUGAUUUGAAAGGGAAGAACAAAUGUGAUGGAUUUAUCUUCAGAAAUGAACAGACAUGGGAAGAAUCCGGUGAGUCACAAGCUAGAAGACCAGAAGAAGAUUUACACUGACUGGGCCAACCACUACCUAGCAAAAUCGGGCCACAAGAGGCUGAUCAAGGAUUUGCAGCAGGACAUAGCAGACGGGGUACUACUGGCAGAGGUCAUCCAGAUCAUUGCAAAUGAAAAAGUUGAAGAUAUCAAUGGAUGUCCUAGAAGUCAUUCUCAGAUGAUUGAAAAUGUUGAUGUCUGCCUUAGUUUUCUAGCAGCUAGAGGAGUGAAUGUUCAAGGUCUGUCUGCUGAAGAAAUAAGAAAUGGAAACUUAAAAGCCAUUCUAGGGCUCUUUUUUAGUUUGUCUCGCUACAAGCAACAGCAGCACCACCAACAGCAGUACUACCAGUCUUUGGUGGAGCUUCAGGAGCGCGUCGCUCACGCCGCCCCGCAGUCGGAAGCCAGGCAGGCCAAAACCCACCAAGAUAUGCAGUCCAGUCUGACAGCCAGAUAUGCACCUCAGUCUAAUCACAGUGGAAUUGCAACCAGUCAAAAAAAGCCUACUAGGCUUCCAGGGCCCUCUAGGGUGCCAGCUGCAGGCAGCAGCAGCAAGGUUCAGGGAGCCUCCAAUCUAAACAGGAGAAGUCAGAGCUUUAACAGCAUUGACAAAAACAAGCCUCCAAAUUAUGCAAAUGGAAAUGAAAAAGAUUCCUCCAAAGGACCUCAACCACCUUCAGGUAUAAACGGAAACAUGCAGCCCCCCAGCAGUGCUGGGCAGCCCCCUGCCUCUGCCAUCCCUUCGCCCAGUGCCAGCAAGCCUUGGCGCAGCAAGUCCAUGAAUGUCAAGCACAGUGCCACCUCUACCAUGCUGACGGUAAAGCAGCCCAGCCCAGCCACCUCCCCCACUCCAUCUUCAGACAGACUGAAGCCUCCCGUCUCAGAAGGAGUCAAGAGUGCCCCCUCAGGACAGAAAUCCAUGCUUGAAAAAUUCAAGCUGGUUAACUCUAGGACUGCGUUACGCCCCCCACAGUCACCAAGUUCAGGACCCUGUGAUGUGGGAAAGGAUGACGACGCCUUUUCCGAGUCUGGCGAAAUGGAAGGUUUUAACAGUGGUCUGAAUAGUGGUGGCUCGACAAACAGCAGUCCCAAAGUGUCACCCAAAUUAGCCCCGCCAAAAGCCGGAAGCAAAAAUCUCAGCAAUAAAAAGUCUUUGUUGCAGCCGAAAGAAAAGGAAGAAAAAACCAGGGAUAAAACUAAAGUGUUCACUGACAAGCCAGGCAAAGAUGAGAAGGAUCAGGCGACAGAGACAACCCCCAAAAAGACCUCUAAGAUUGCGAGCUUGAUCCCGAAGGGCAGCAAGACCACAGCAGCCAAGAAGGAAAGCUUAAUUCCCUCCUCCAGUGGGAUUCCAAAACCAGGCUCUAAGGUGCCAACAGCAAAGCAAACCAUUUCACCCAGCAGUGCAGCCAGUAAAGAGUCAGAAAAAUUCAGGACUACCAAGGGAAGUCCUUCCCAGUCCUUCCCCAAGCCCGCAAGCACUGAGAAAGCAAGCACAUGCACCAGCCCCACUCCCGAGGAGGGAAGAGAAGCUGGCCACGCCUCUCUCUCCGGGGCUUGUGCUGGGCAGGUGGCACAAAGCAGUGGACAGAGCACAGGAAAUGGUGCUGUCCAACUCCCUCAGCAGCACCACAACCACCCCAACACUGCCACGGUGGCUCCAUUCAUCUACAGAGCACAUUCAGAAAAUGAAGGGGCCCCUUUGCCAUCUGCUGACUCCUGUACCAGCCCUACAAAGAUGGACUCAUCCUACAACAAAACUGCCAAGCAGUGCCUAGAGGAGAUAUCUGGUGAAGACCCUGAAGCUAGAAGAAUGAGAACAGUUAAGAACAUAGCAGAUUUGAGGCAAAAUUUAGAAGAAACUAUGUCCAGUCUUCGUGGGACCCAGAUAAGCCACAGUACCCUAGAGACAACAUUUGACACUACUGUGACAACAGAAGUGAGUGGAAGGACCAUCCCAAACCUGGCAAGCCGACCUACUCCCAUGACCUGGAGGCUGGGCCAGGCGUGCCCUCGCCUGCAGGCUGGAGACGCGCCCUCCAUGGGUGCUGGCUACCCUCGCAGUGGUACCAGUCGAUUCAUCCACACUGACCCUUCAAGGUUCAUGUACACAACCCCUCUCCGCAGAGCUGCUGUCUCUCGGCUAGGAAACAUGUCACAAAUUGACAUGAGCGAGAAAGCAAGCAGUGACCUAGACGUGUCUUCAGAAGUGGAUGUUGGUGGCUACAUGAGUGAUGGUGAUAUACUUGGCAAGAGUCUGAGGACUGAUGACAUCAACAGUGGGUACAUGACAGAUGGUGGACUCAACCUGUAUACUAGAAGUCUGAACCGAAUACCAGACACAGCAAGUUCCAGGGAUGUCAUCCAGAGAGGUGUCCAUGAUGUGACAGUGGAUGCAGACAGCUGGGAUGACAGCAGUUCAGUGAGCAGCGGUCUGAGUGACACUCUGGAUAACAUCAGCACUGACGACCUGAAUACCGCAUCCUCCGUCAGCUCUUAUUCGAACAUCACUGUCCCUUCCAGGAAGAACACCCAGCUGAAGACAGAUGCAGAGAAACGUUCUACCACAGAUGAGACCUGGGAUAGCCCUGAGGAGCUGAAAAAGACUGAAGAGAAUUUUGACAGUCAUGGUGAUGGAGGUGGCAAGUGGAAGGGUGGCUCCUCGGGACUUACAGAAGACCCUGAGAAGGCAGGGCAGAAAGCGGCCCUGUCUAUGUCACAUACAGGUUCCUGGAGGAGAGGAAUGUCUGCCCAGGGAGGAGCUCCAGCUAGGCAGAAAGCUGGCACGAGUGCCCUCAAGAAUCCUGGGAAGACAGAUGAUGCCAAGGCAUCUGAAAAGGGGAAAACCUCCCUUAAAGGAUCAUCACUGCAGAGGUCUCCCUCAGAUGCAGGAAAAAGCAGUGGAGAUGAAGGGAAAAAGCCGCCCUCGGGCAUUGGAAGAUCAACGGGCACCAGCUCUUUCGGGUUUAAGAAGCCCAGUGGCGUGGGGUCAUCGACCAUGAUCACGAGCAGCGGAGCGACCAUCACGAGUGGCUCAGCGACACUGGGUAAAAUCCCCAAAUCUGCUGCCGUUGGAGGGAAGUCAAGUGCAGGGCGGAAAACCAGCUUGGAUGGGUCCCAGAAUCAGGAUGAUGUGGUCCUGCAUGUAAGCUCAAAGACCACCCUCCAGUACCGCAGCCUGCCGCGGCCCUCCAAAUCCAGCACCAGCGGCAUCCCUGGGCGCGGAGGGCACCGGUCCAGCACCAGCAGCAUAGACUCCAACGUCAGCAGCAAGUCAGCCGGGGCCACCACCUCGAAACUGAGAGAGCCCACCAAGAUUGGCUCAGGGCGGUCCAGUCCUGUCACCGUCAACCAGACAGACAAGGAGAAGGAGAAGGUCGCAGUCUCCGAUUCAGAAAGUGUUUCUUUGUCAGGUUCCCCCAAAUCCAGCCCCACCUCGGCCAGUGCCUGUGGGGCACAAGGGCUCAGGCAGCCUGGGUCCAAGUACCCUGAUAUUGCCUCACCUACAUUUCGAAGGUUGUUUGGUGCCAAGGCAGGUGGCAAAUCUGCCUCUGCACCUAAUACUGAGGGUGUGAAAUCCUCUUCAGUAGUGCCCAGCCCUAGUACCACAUUAGCGCGGCAAGGCAGUCUGGAGUCACCGUCGUCUGGUACGGGCAGCAUGGGCAGUGCUGGCGGGCUGAGUGGCGGCAGCAGCCCUCUCUUCAAUAAACCCUCAGACUUAACUACAGAUGUCCUAAGCUUAAGUCACUCCUUGGCUUCCAGCCCAGCAUCGGUUCACUCUUUCACAUCAGGUGGUCUUGUGUGGGCUGCCAAUAUGAGCAGUUCUUCUGCUGGCAGCAAGGACACUCCAAGUUACCAGUCCAUGACUAGCCUUCACACGAGCUCUGAGUCCAUUGACCUGCCCCUCAGCCAUCAUGGCUCCCUGUCUGGACUGACCACAGGCACUCACGAGGCGCAGAGCCUGCUCAUGAGAACGGGUAGUGUGAGAUCUACUCUCUCAGAAAGCAUGCAGCUUGACAGAAAUACACUACCCAAAAAGGGACUAAGAUACACCCCGUCAUCUCGGCAGGCCAACCAGGAGGAGGGCAAGGAGUGGCUGCGUUCACAUUCCACGGGAGGCCUGCAGGACACCGGCAGCCAGUCACCACUGGUCUCCCCUUCUGCCAUGUCAUCUUCAGCCACAGGAAAAUACCACUUUUCCAACUUGGUGAGUCCAACCAAUCUGUCUCAGUUCAACCUUCCUGGGCCCAGCAUGAUGCGUUCCAACAGCAUCCCAGCCCAAGACUCUUCCUUCGACCUCUAUGAUGAUGCCCAGCUUUGCGGUAGUGCCACUUCUCUGGAAGAAAGGCCACGUGCCAUCAGUCAUUCAGGCUCAUUUCGAGACAGCAUGGAGGAAGUUCAUGGCUCUUCCCUGUCCUUGGUGUCCAGUACAUCUUCUCUGUAUUCCACUGCUGAAGAAAAGGCUCAUUCAGAGCAAAUCCAUAAGCUAAGGAGAGAGCUUGUCGCAUCACAAGAAAAAGUUGCUACCCUUACAUCUCAACUUUCUGCAAAUGCUCACCUUGUAGCAGCUUUUGAAAAGAGUUUAGGGAAUAUGACCGGCCGAUUACAAAGUCUAACCAUGACAGCGGAACAAAAGGAGUCUGAACUCAUAGAACUACGAGAAACCAUUGAAAUGCUGAAGGCCCAGAACUCUGCUGCUCAGGCAGCCAUUCAGGGAGCCCUGAAUGGUCCCGAACACCCUCCCAAAGAUCUCCGCAUCAGAAGACAGCACUCCUCCGAAAGUGUUUCCAGUAUCAACAGUGCCACAAGCCAUUCCAGCAUUGGCAGUGGUAAUGAUGCUGACUCCAAGAAAAAGAAAAAGAAAAACUGGCUCCGAAGCUCCUUCAAACAGGCUUUUGGGAAGAAAAAGACCACCAAGCCUCCAUCCUCACACUCAGACAUCGAAGAGCUUACUGAUUCCUCCUUGCCUGCCUCCCCUAAGCUGCCCCAUAACUCUGGUGACUGCGGUUCAACAUCCAUGAAGCCGUCUCAGUCUGCCUCAGCGAUCUGUGAAUGCACAGAGGCUGAGGCUGAGAUAAUUCUGCAGUUGAAGAGCGAACUCAGAGAAAAGGAAUUAAAAUUAACAGAUAUACGGCUAGAGGCCCUCAGCUCAGCUCAUCAUCUUGAUCAGAUCCGGGAAGCCAUGAACAGGAUGCAGAAUGAAAUUGAAAUAUUGAAGGCUGAAAAUGACCGGUUGAAAGCUGAAACAGGUAACACAGCUAAACCCACUAGACCUCCAUCAGAGUCCUCCAGCACUGCAUCCUCUUCUUCUUCCCGUCAGUCUUUAGGGCUUUCCCUCAACAACCUGAACAUCACAGAGUCAGUUACCUCAGAUAUUCUGCUGGAUGAUGCUGGUGAUGCAACUGGACAUAAGGAUGGCCGCAGUGUGAAAAUCAUAGUCCCCAUAAGCAAGGGCUAUAGUCAAGCAAAGGACCAGAAAUCUCAGGCAUAUUUAAUAGGAUCCAUUGGUGUCAGUGGAAGAACCAAAUGGGAUGUCUUAGAUGGUGUAAUUAGACGUCUCUUUAAGGAAUAUGUGUUCCGAGUGGAUUCAUCCUCUAGUCUUGGUCUAAGCUCUGACUGUAUUGCUAGCUACUGUAUAGGAGAUUUAACUAGAUCCCAAAACCUAGAAGUGCCUGAAUUGCUGCCUUGUGGAUACCUCGUUGGAGACAACAACACCAUCACUGUGAACUUGAAAGGGGUAGAAGAAAACAGUUUGGAUAGUUUUGUUUUUGAUACACUGAUUCCUAAACCAAUUACCCAAAGGUACUUUAACUUGUUGAUGGAGCAUCACAGAAUUAUACUCUCAGGACCAAGUGGUACUGGAAAGACCUAUUUAGCAAACAAACUUGCUGAAUAUGUAAUAACCAAAUCUGGGAAGAAAAAAACAGAUGAUGCAAUUGCCACUUUUAAUGUGGACCACAAGUCAAGUAAGGAGUUGCAACAAUAUCUAGCUAAUCUUGCUGAACAGUGCAGUGCUGAUAAUAAUGGUGUAGAGCUCCCAGUUGUAAUUAUUCUUGAUAAUCUUCAUCAUGUUGGCUCUUUGAGUGAUAUCUUCAAUGGUUUCCUCAACUGUAAAUAUAACAAAUGUCCUUAUAUUAUUGGAACAAUGAAUCAGGGAGUUUCUUCAUCACCCAACCUAGAGCUGCAUCAUAAUUUCAGGUGGGUUCUAUGUGCAAACCAUACAGAACCAGUGAAAGGAUUUUUAGGAAGAUACCUUCGCAGGAAGCUCAUAGAGAUGGAAAUUGAAAGGAAUAUACGCAAUAAUGACCUAGUCAAAAUUAUAGAUUGGAUCCCUAAGACGUGGCAUCAUCUCAAUAGCUUUUUGGAAACACACAGUUCUUCUGAUGUUACCAUUGGUCCUCGACUUUUCCUUUCUUGUCCCAUGGAUGUGGAAGGUUCUAGAGUGUGGUUUAUGGAUCUCUGGAAUUAUUCUUUGGUACCUUAUAUUCUUGAGGCAGUGAGAGAAGGUCUUCAGAUGUAUGGAAAACGUGCACCAUGGGAAGAUCCUUCUAAAUGGGUGCUUGACACGUACCCAUGGGGCUCCAUGUCCUUGCCUGAGGAGGGCCCAGCAUUACUUCAGUUGAGACCAGAAGAUGUUGGGUAUGAAAGCAGCACAUGUACAAAGGAAGCCACAACGUCCAAGCACAUUCCACAGGGUGACACAGAAGGGGACCCCUUGAUGAAUAUGCUAAUGAAACUCCAAGAAGCAGCCAAUUACUCUGGCACACAAAGCUGCGACAGCGAUAGCGCCAGCCACCAUGAAGACGCUUUGGAUUCGUCUCUUGAGUCCACCCUGUAGAGAGUGAAAAGAGCUAGGGGAAAAGAUAAUGCUUUGAAAAAGUGUUUUAAAAGAAAGGUAUUUUCACUAAACCACUGCCAGUAUCAAAGUCCCCUGUCCAGUGCCCUGACCCAGAGUCGUGGUCUGCAAGGAGGCAGCAGAACUAAGUCUGAACCGCUAAGAUGCUAAGCUGAAUUGAGAGCGUAACUUUUUAUUUUACGUGUAAGCCUUUUUAUAUAUGUGGAGUCAGAGAAGGCUCUAUUACUCAACUGGAAAGGACGCUCAUGAUGUGGCAACUGAAUAGAUUGCACAUGAGCUAGCAAAACUGGACUUUAGUUUCUUUCUCUUUCAAAGUUUACAAUGCAGACCUUUUUUUGUCCCCUCCUUUUGUUUCCUCUGAGGGGCUGCUCUCCUCAGGCAGGGUCCACUCUUCUGAUCCGUGUGACCUCCCUUGUUCCACAUGGUGCUGGUCACAGGGCUCCAGUAGUGUUUGUGCUUUGCUCACCCCAUUCCAGAAUGAACCCAAGAGGCCAGUCCUCCAUAAGCACAAAUGGAAUUGUGCAUCCACCAGAAAAACACUACUGUGGCAAACUGGAGAAGUGCCAACUUCCUUCUAACUGCCAUGUUCUCAUGACGUGUGCCACCAACUUUUUAGUGUAUGAGUCACAGGUUUUAUAAAGUUGUUUUUACCACAGUGGUCUUUUCAAGCCACCUGCCCACUCCCUUAACAAGAGUUUUAUACCAGUUAUUAGUCAACACUGAAGAAAGGCUUUUUAGGGCUUUAUUUGUUUGAGCCUUUUCAGUGAAAGAAGGAACAUUUCCUAUGGUGCUGUCUCACUGCCUUAAAACAGAUUUCUACAACUGCUCAACAGUUGGUUUAAAUCCUAAACCAUUGGUAAUUUCCACUGUCUUUUCAUUUCCAACCAAGCAACAUACCAGUUAACACAGUAGCCUCAUCUCUAGAUAUCAUUUCCCUCUCCCUCUCCCUGCCUCUCUCCCUCUCUCUCUCUCUCUCUCUCUCUCUGUCUCUCUCUCUCUCUCUCUCUCUCUCUCUCUCUCUCUCUCUUCCUUUUUCUUGGAGAAAUAGAUAGGAGCAAGAUCUGUAUUUUUAUUUGGGAAUCAAGAGAUUGCUUUGCCUAUCCUCCAGACAAGUUGAGGACCCCAGAAACCUUCUUUGACCAUCACUUAAAAGGAGAGACAUGUGGCAAAAUUCUAUCCAGUUCUAAAUGAAAGCAUUUCAGAAGGUGGGAGAUUUUGAGUUCUGAUCCUGCAGAGCUGGAAGCACUAGAUACAGCAUGAGCACAACUAUUCGGCUUUCCUUCCCUGUUCUUUAUCUUAAUUUCAAAAGAAAUUAGUUUUGACGCAUGUUGUUUUGAUUGCUAUUGCUGUACAUGAGAAAAUCAGCAUUCAAGAACACUGACUCCGCAAAGUCACUGUGGAAGGGGAAGCAUUUAUACUGUAAAAAGAAGGUUAGAUUUGCACAGUCUACUGGGUAGGUAUUGUAAAUAAUAAUUUUUCAAUCUUGCACAAAUCAAAACAAACACAAACAAAAUUGUAUUUUAUCCUGUUGGUGUUAAGAGGUGUUUCACUUGCUGAGAUUUCCUGUAUAUUGCAAACAAAUACAGAAUGCAAACCGUCAAAGCUGUCAUUAUCUGGUGUGUUUGUCCUGUAUUUACAGUUGUUAUGACUAUGCAGGAACUAUCAGUAAUAGAAUGAGCAUGCUUCCAAAUUGUACAUGAAGCGAGUACAUUUUUGGGUAUGUAAAAAUGUCUGAAAGUACAUCUGUUGUGGCCAGCUUUUAAGAGAGUGCCUGAAAACUGAUUAGAAUCACUGAAGACAUUAUCACCACACAGAGGAUGAGUUUGAAGUUUUGGAAACCUAAGGUCUUUAGGCCAUGGUGUAGACUUGCUCUAUGCCUGUGAAAAUAUGGUACUUUAAAGAUGUAUCAUUGGUGCUACCCUCUGUGACCAGCCAUGGGUCAGUUGCUGUUGACACAAAAAUCACAACAUGAGAUAUCUGUGCAGUUUUCAGAGUGUCACAAAGCAUAUAGGUUCUUACUUACACGGUGCUAUUGCCCCGAGGGAAAUCAGAACUGAAUUUAUGCACGUAGAAUUGUCACCCUGGCUUUUAAGCCUCAAACAUGAAUUAAAUCUGUUGUGCGACAUCAAUAUAUAUAGCUGGAUGAGUGACUAGUUGCCCUUGUAUGAUAUGUGACCUAAGAAAUUUGCAAAUCUUUCCCUGCCAUUUUGAGAAAACAGUCCCAACAUGAGCAUAGGCGGAACUUCCUGCACUACACCCCAGUAGUCCACCUAGUUUACAACUUAAACUAGUUUGUGAAACAUUUGUCUGUAUACAUUUUAUAUUUUGUACAUUUUUGAUGUAACAUAUCAUGUAAAUAGGCAGAAACAGUGAAAUAAAUCAUCUGAAAAGUUUUGUAGUCUUUGUAAAGCCCCAACAAUAAGUACUUGGUGUCAAUGGACUUAACUGGAUGCCGUAUUUUCUAUUGGUUUAAUGUUCCUCUAGCUUGUAAACCAGCUUGCAUAUAUUUUUUUUGCAAAUGUGCACCCUGUAUCUGUCUAAAUUAUUACUUUGCCAUUAAAGUGGAAUUAUUUAUUGACAA